AUGUCAUUAGCUUCAGCCGCACAAUCCCCAUAUGCCGACGAGAUCGUGCGGAAAGGAUAUGUAAGGAUAUUCGAAGGCCACACGGUCUUCCUGACUGGAGGCACUGGGUGCUUGGGGGGAUGUCUCCUGUACAAACUAUCUUUGCAACUGCCCACGCGCAAGAUAUAUGUCUUGGUUCGAGGGGAUUCACAGGGGGCUAUCUCGAAAUUGCGACAGUCGAUGCCACAUCAUGCCCAGGCAAUCUUAACCAACAAAGUCGAGUUCGUAAUUGGAGAUAUAAAGAAAGCCCAAUUCGGCAUCGACCCCGACGUCCUCCGGCGACUUCAGGACGAAGUCACCUUGGUCAUCCACGCAGCAGCCAAGAUCAAGCUCGAAGGCCCAAUUCGGGAUGCACUGGAGAACAACUGCCUGCCCGCGCUGGAAAUGGCACGUAUGGCCUCGGGAUUUCGACGACUGAAACUGUUGGUCCAGCUGUCGACAUCAUACGUCAAUACUCAUCUCCCCGAUGGCCCGGUGCUAGAGCGAAUAUACCAACUAGGAGGCGAAGAAGAUCCAGAAGAAGAGCUCGCCUCCAUGCUGACACUGGACACAUCACCUCACUCGACGAAGUUCUCGUCAACCUACACCCAAGCCAAGCAUCUCAUGGAACGUCUUCUACUCAGCCGCUUCCCCUUACUUCCGAUUCUUUUAAUACGGCCAACGAUCUUCGGUCCUGCAUUUAGAGACCCAUACCCGUUCUAUGGAUCAGAGGACUCAACACCGCUCACGAAGUUCACCAACCUCUGGUUCUCCGAUCGAGGUGCGACGCAAGUCUGGCAUGCGACCGAGGGUUACGAAACAGGCACGAAUAUCUUAGACGAGAUACCCGUGGACCUCGUAGCAAACGCGUGUCUACUGCACGCAGCAGCUGGGACGACGGGCAUCGUGCAGAUCGGAUCCCAGCUCUACCACCCGGUGACAUUCGACGAGAUUUUCCGUUUAGGAAUGGAGAACGCCAGCCCUGAGUUACGACGGGACUUCCCUAAGAUUGUCUUCACCCAAGAUCGCAGCACACCACAGUGCUUCCUUGCCGAGUUGAUCCAAGUGGGGACUCGUAACUGGCUAUUUGACUGUGGCCGGUCCUACUGGGUUAAACAGGUGAGCGGUCCACUGAGUAUACAGAUCUGCAAGCCUGAGGCGGAUGCUUUCCUUAUGAGACGGAUCCGCGAUGGUCUUCAGUUUGGAAAGGAAAGAGCUCGGAUUUGA